AUGGCGGAGCCAGGCUGUGAGACCUCUCGGGAGGAAAGCCUGGGCACGGAGGAGCCCACAGAAGCCGACCCGAAGAGCCCGAAGCAGAAGCUGCCAAGGGGCCAAUGCCGCCGCCGCCGCCGCCGCUCCCACAACAGUUUCGCCACCUACUUCCCCAGGGUUCUGAAGCAGGUUCACGAGGGUCUGAGCCUCUCGAAGAAGGCCGUGAGCGUCUUGGAUUCGUUCAUCAAGGACAUCUUUGAGUGCAUCGCCAACGAGGUCUCUCGCCUGGCCGGCUCCACCCAGCGCACCACCAUCACCUCCAGGGAGAUCCAGACAGCUGCGUGCCUGCUGCUGCCCGGGGAGAUUGGCAAGUUCCCCAUGUGGGAGGCCAGCAAGACCAUCCUCAGGUACACCUUCCGCCAGUGA